AUGACGGGCACAGCAGCGCGCGUGGCUUUUAUCUCCGGGGGUGGCGGCGGCAUAGGAAAAGCUACCGCUCAUAAACUCGCCAGCCGGGGCAUAUGGACUGUCAUAGUGGACAUGAACGAGCAGGAAGGGCAUACCGUCGCGGAUGAGGUGUCGAAGAAAUGGGAUGUGAAAACCAAGUUUCUCAAGGUCGACAUAACCCAGGAACAGCAGGUCAAAGAUGCCGUUGCAGCAGCGACCGAAUGGACGGGCCGCAUCGACUACGCUGCCAACUGUGCGGGAAUUUGUGAAUCUAUCUGGGCGGAAGAGGAGAGCAUCACUACGGAGCUUUUCGAGAAGACACACGCUAUCAAUACCAGGGGUCUAUGGCUCUCACAAAAAUAUCAAGCUUUCCAGAUGAGAACCCAGGAACCCCGACCAAUCUCCUUUGAGCCGGCAUGUCCACACAAGAUUCCAGGCCAGCGUGGGGCCAUCGCGAAUGUUGUCUCGAUUUCUGGCCUGCAGGCGGCUGGACUCGCUGCAUAUACUCCCAGUAAGUACGCUGCGGCUGCAGUGACGAAGAAUGGAGCCAAGUUCUAUGGACCCGAAGGUGUCAGGGUCAAUGCUCUGUGCCCUGGGUGGACUUUGACCAAGAUGGUGGAACAUAGUAUGGGCAAGGAAGGCAUCAUCGGCUCAAAGGAGAACGAGGAGUCGGCAGUGAGCAAGGCGAUCGCCCUUCGCAGGAUGGCAUUUGCCGAAGAACAAGCCAAUGUGCUGAGCUUCUUGCUCAGCGACGAAAGCAGCUACAUGAACGGCUCUUUGGUAGUGAACGACGGCGGUUUCCACGACAUUAGAUAG